AUGGCGCAGAAAGCCACCAAGACGCUCGCCGCCUCCAACACCAAGCGCCUCAACCAAACCCUGUAUAUAACCCUCGCCGUCCAUGGACUCUGGUGGCUCCUGCGUGCCCUGGUUUUCCGCGCCUCUCUAUCACGCAAAUCACUGCUCGUCUAUGUACUCCUCUCGGCUCCCCAGCUCCUCAUCGAGCUGUACUUCGAGCGUCUCUCCCGCCCCACCCUCACUGCAGAUGGUGCCGUGAAGCGAGCUGGCGAGGACCUCGACGCCAAGGGCCUGACUGAGUACAUGUGGGAUGUUGUCUACUGGACUUAUGGCUGCAUCACCAUGGCAGCCAUUCUUGGUGACUACGCCUGGUGGCUAUGGGUCGUCAUCCCCGCCUACAGUGCCUAUUCCGCCUGGAGCAUGUACACGGGUAUGAGGGGUGGAUAUCAAGACGCAGCGGGCGUGCCCCAGCCGCAAGUGGCGAGCAAGAGGCAGGCCAAGAUGGAGAAGCGAGGUGGACAGAAGAUGCAGUACCGGUGA